AGCGGUAACUAAGGAGAUCCCAGUUCUGUUUACUACAAAGAUGUCCUCCUUGCUAGCUGCUAUCUUGGCGCUGCUCAACUAAAAAAAUGGCCUUAAUCAUCUAAAGAUUCCUUAAUCUCCACACUAACAACAUUCUUCCCGGUACGAGCUUCCUAAAGACUUCCGAAAAAUGCAACUGAAGCAUCUGAAGACGCUGUUAACCCCGCAGGAGGGUGCGGCCAAAGUGACCUGUCUCACCUGGGCACCGAAUAACACCAAGUUCGCUGUUUGCACUGUGGACAGAGUGGUGCUGCUGUACGAUGAGCAGGGAGAGAGGAGAGACAAGUUCUCCACCAAACCCCUGGACUCCAAGUAUGGAAAACAGAGCUACGUUGUCAACGACAUGGCGUUCUCACCGGACUCCACCAAAAUCGCCAUCGGCCAGUCGGACAACAUCAUCUUUGUGUACAGAAUCGGAGAGGAUUGGGGCGACAAGAAAGCCAUUUGCAACAAAUUCGUUCAGACGAGUGCUGUGACUUGCUUGCUUUGGCCUGCAGAGCAUGCAAUUGUUUAUGGAUUAGUGGAUGGCAAGGUUCGACUGGCCAACACUCAGACCAACAAGUCAUCAACCAUCUAUGGCACCGAGUCCUGUGUUGUGUCACUGGCAUCCAAUGUCUCUGGUAAAGGUAUCCUCUCUGGCCACGCCGAUGGGACAGUGGUGCGUUACUUCUUCGAUGACGAAGGUUCAGGGGAUUCUCAGGGUAAGCUGUUCAUGCACCCGUGCCCACCCUACGCUCUGGCCUGGGGUGCAAACGGCAUCAUGGUGGGCGGCUGCGACAAGAAGGUGGUGGCCUACAGCAGAGAGGGUCACGUCCUGCAGACCUUCGACUACACCCGCGACCGGACGGAGAGGGAGUUCACCGUGGCCGCCACCAGCCCCGGCGGGCAGUCUGUUGUGUUUGGCAGUUACGACCGGUUGCGGGUGUUUAACUGGGCUCCCAGGAGAAGUGUGUGGGAUGAAGCCAAGCCUAAAGAGAUUCUCAACCUCUACACCAUCACCAGCUUGGCCUGGAAGAAAGACGGAUCUCGUCUCUGUGCUGGAACUCUGUGUGGAGGAGUGGAGCUGUUUGAUUGCUGCUUGCGGAGAGCCAUCUAUAAAAACAAGUUUGAGAUGACCUACGUCGGCCUGAGCCAGGUGAUAGUGAAGAACCUCUCCACAGGAACGCGGGUGGUCCUGAAGUCCUAUUACGGUUAUGAGAUAGAAGAAGUGAAGAUCAUGGGCAAAGAUCGCUACCUGGUGGCUCACACCUCCGAUACGCUUCUGCUGGGCGACCUGCUCACAAAUAAACUGAGUGAGGUGCCAUGGCCCGGUUCUGGAGGAAAUGAAAAGUUCUUCUUUGAAAAUGAAACGGUGUGUAUGAUUUUUAAUGCUGGCGAGCUGAGCCUGGUGGAAUACAGCAACAAUGACAUCCUGGGAUCAGUCAGAACAGAAUUUAUGAACCCUCACCUCAUCAGCGUCCGACUCAAUGAGAGGAAGCAGAGGGGAGUCGAAGACAACAAGAAGCUUGCAUAUCUGGUUGAUAUAAAGACCAUUGCUAUUGUGGACUUGGCCGGCGGCUACAAUCUGGGAACCAUCAGCCACGACUCCAAGAUUGACUGGCUGGAGCUCAACGAGACCGGACGCAAACUGCUGUUCAGGGACAAGAAGCUACGGCUCCAUCUGUAUGAUAUAGAGAGCGGCGUGAAGGCCACGGUGCUGAGUUUCUGCUCCUAUGUCCAAUGGGUGCCGGGCAGUGACGUGGUGGUCGCCCAAAACAGAGGAAACCUCUGCAUCUGGUACAGUAUCGACAGCCCAGAGAGCAUCACCAUGUUCCCAAUCAAGGGAGACAUCGUGGAUCUAGAAAGGGCUGAUGGGAAGACAGAUGUGAUCGUGACGGAGGGUGUCAACACUGUGACGUACACACUGGACGAAGGCCUCAUCGAGUUUGGUACCGCCGUGGACGACGGGGAUUACGACAGAGCCACAGCAUUCCUUGAGACUCUGGAGAUGUCACCAGAGACUGAAGCCAUGUGGAAGACGCUCAGCAAGCUGGCUCUAGAGGCUCACCAGCUGCACAUCGCGGAAAGGUGUUUCGCUGCGUUAGGGGACGUCUCGACUGUACGUUUCCUCCACCAAACGAACCAGAUUGCCGACAAAGUUUCACAGGAAAUGGGAGGAGAUGGAACUGCCUUUUUCCAAGUCCAAGCCCAUGUGGCCAUGCUGGAUAAGAACUUUAAACUGGCUGAGAUGCACUACAUGGAGCAGAAUGCCAUUGAUGAAGCUAUAGAGAUGUACCAGGAGCUCCACAUGUGGGACGACUGCAUUGCAGUGGCUGAAGCCAAGGGCCACCCGGAGCUGGACAGCCUGCGUGCGAACUAUUACCAGUGGUUAACGGAGACGGGUCAGGACGAGAAGGCCGGUGAGGUGAAGGAGAACGAGGGAGACUUCCAGGGCGCCAUCAACCUCUACCUGAAGGCCGGACUACCAGCUAAAGCCGCCCGGCUGGCCAUCGGCCACCCGGAGAUCACCAACAACAGCGACACUGUCAGCCGCAUCGCCGCCAGUCUCAUCAAGGGAGAGUUUUAUGAGAGGGCAGGAGAUCUGUACGAGAGGAUCAGAAACAACCAGAGAGCUUUGGAGUGCUUCUGCAAAGGAGGAGCCUUCAGGAAAGCGGUGGAGCUGGCUCGCCUCGCCUUCCCUGCCGAGGUGGUGAAACUGGAGGAGUCCUGGGGAGACUACCUCGUCCAGCAGAAACAGAUGGACGCCGCCAUCAACCACUUCAUUGAAGCAGGCUGCUCACUUAAAGCCAUCGAGGCGGCCAUCGCAGCUCGUCAGUGGAAGAAAGCCGUCCACAUCCUGGAGUUACAGGAGGAUUCAUCAGCAGGGAAAUACUACGUGAAGAUAGCUCAGUACUACGCCGCCAUGCAGGACUAUGAGGUGGCAGAGCAACUGUUUGUGAAAGGAGGUCAUAUCAAAGAUGCUAUAGACAUGUACACCACAGCAGGACGCUGGGAGGAGGCUCAUAAGUUGGCGGUGAAGUGUAUGACAGAGGAGGAAGUUAUGGCUCUGUACAUCAGCAGAGCUCAGGAGCUGGAGAGAGAUGGGAAAUUCAAGGAGGCUGAGCGGUUGUUUGCCACGGUGAAGCAGCCUGACCUCGCCAUAACCAUGUACAAGAAGAACCGGAUGUUCGAUGAUGUCAUCCGCCUGGUGGCCAAACAUCAUCCCGACUUGCUGUCAGAGACCCACCUGCACCUGGCCAAGGAGUUGGAGGCUGAAUCCAGAUUCUCAGAGGCAGAGUACCACUUCAUGGAGGCUGAAGAGUGGAAAUCUGCGGUCCACAUGUACAGAGUCAAUGAUAUGUGGGAGGAUGCAUACAGGGUGGCUAAGAACCAUGGAGGUGCUGGAGCCCAGAAGCAGGUGGCCUACCUGUGGGCCAGGAGCCUGGGAGGAGAGGCGGCCGUCAAGCUGCUCAACAAGUUCGGCCUCCUGGAAUACGCCAUCGAGUCUGCUUUAGAUAACUUCUCAUUUGACUUCGCCUUUGAUUUGGCUCGACUUUCCUGCAAGGAAAAGAUUCCUGAGAUCCACUUCAAACAUGCCAUGUACCUGGAGGAUGAGGGAAAGUUUCCUGAGGCCGAGGUUGAGUUCAUCAAAGCAGGAAAACCCAAAGAAGCCGUGUUCAUGUACGUCCACAACAAGGACUGGGCCAGCGCACAGCGGGUGGCUGAGGGCCACGAUCCAGAGAGUGUGUCUGAGGUUCUGGUCGGCCAAGCCAAGUUCUGCUUUGAACAGAAAGAUUUCCAGAAGGCUGAAGCCUUCCUGCUCCGAGCCCAGAGACCCGAACUUGCUGUCAAAUAUUACAAAGAUGCAGACAUGUGGAGUGAUGCCAUGCGGAUCUGUAAGGAGUAUAUCCCCAACAAGCUCUCCAUACUUCAAGAGGAGUUCGAGAAAGAGACCUCCAAGAAGGGAGUCCGGGGCGUGGAGGGCCUGCUGGAACAGGCCAGGGAGUGGGAGCAGUCAGGUGAAUACCCCCGGGCCGUGGAGUGUUACCUGAAGGUGAAGGAUGACUCCAACACGGCCCUGAUGGAGAAGUGCUGGAUGAAGGCAGCAGAGUUGUCCAUCAAGUUCCUCGGUGGAGAACGAGCGGUGGAGGUGGUCCACGUGGUCGGACCACGACUCACACAGCUGAGGAAGUACAACGCUGCUGCUGAGCUCUACCUGAAUAUGGAUCUCAUCAAAGAGGCAAUCGAUGUCUUUAUCGAGGGUGAGGAGUGGAACAAAGCCAAGAGAGUCGCCAAGGAGCUGGAGCCAAGGUACGAGGACUAUGUGGACCAGAAAUACAAAGAGCACCUGAAGAACCAAGGCAAAGUGGACUCUCUGGUGGGUGUGGAUGUCAUCGCAGCUCUGGACAUGUACGCAGAGAGAGGCCAGUGGGAGAAAUGUCUGGAUACAGCAUCUAAACAGAACUUUAAGAUCCUCCAUAAGUACGUCGCUCUGUACGCUACACACCUGAUCAAGGAGGAGGAGGCUCUGAAGGCUCUGCAGCUCUACAUACAGCACGGAGCGCCGCCUAACCCUCAGAACUUUAACAUCUACAAGCGCCUGUUCCUGGAUCUGAUUAGCCUUCCUGACACUGAUGGACCAGAGUCUUACCGAAUGUGGGCCGACCUCCGCAGUUUCCUGCUGCAGCUGUGUGAGAACCUGUCCAGGUCAGCCGAGGCCAACUCUCCAGCUCAUGAAGACUUUGAGCAGAUGCUGCUGAUCGCUCACUCCUACGCCACUCGAUCCGCCGCAAAAGGAGUGGAGCAACUGAUCAGCGUAGCAGCCAAGCUGUCGGUGUCUCUGCUGCGGCACACUGAGCUCAUUCCUGCAGACAAGGCUUUCUACGAGGCUGGGCUGGCCUGCAGGGCUGUUGGCUGGGAGAACAUGGCCUUCAUCUUCCUCAAUCACUUCCUGGAUCUGUGUGAUGCGAUUGACGAGGGGACCCUGGACGCUCUGGACCACUCUGACUUCCUGGACACCGACAUUCCCUUUGAGGUUCCAGUUCCCACCAAACUCUGUGUCACCGACGCCCAGCGGGAGCAGAUCCGUGACUGGGUGCUGAUGGUGUCCAUGGACAAUCGGUUGGAGCAGGUUCUGCCGCGUGACGAGAGGAACUCGUAUGAAGCCUCGCUGGUCGCCGCUAACACCGGCCUUCGCUCUCUGCCCUGCAUCCUCACCGGCUACCCGGUGCUGAGGAACAAGAUCGAGUUCUCGUCUGGGGGGAAAGCGGCCAACAAGGAAGACUGGAACAACUUCCUCAUGGCCACAAAGACCACUCACAGUCCGGAGUGUCAGGACGUCCUCAAGUUCAUCAGCCAGUGGUGUGGCGGCCUGCCGGCAUCUGGAUUCUCCUUCCACUGAUACACACACACACACACACACACACACACACACACACACACACACACACACACACACACACACUCUUCCAUUUUUGCUGCAAGAUUUUAAUUGUAGACACCCUUUCUCCUUUUCUCUGCUCCGUUACUCAACACUCAUUUAGAAAAAACUUUGACUAGCCACCGACUUUUUUCCCCCACAAAUGAAUUAUUUAUUAAACUUUUCAUUUAUAUUUUUCUAAAUGUAAAUUUUAUCUCCUUUCUUGGUGGUUUAAAUGCUGUUUCGAAGCCUUUUCUGCACUUCCAGUUACAGUAUGUAAUCCUGUGGAAAUUUCUUAAUCCCCUUAAUCCUCCACUUUAUUUUGAAUUCAUUAUGUUUUUGCUCAAAUUUAAAGCAGUUUAAUCUAAAAAUAAUUUACAGCCUUAAGAUCAGCCACAUAUUCCAGUAUGUGGAACUGGUUAAGACAGUAAACCCACAUUAAUGUAUUGAGAUGUUACUCUGGACAUGACCUUGGUUUAACCUUCUGACUUUAUAUAAACUUUUUGGAUUGAGGGAGGUUAAAUAAUUUGACAUUUUGAGUAUUUUGAGUAGUUUUGGCAAGAAUUAGAUGAGACGAUCAAUACCACUCAUGUCUGUGCGGUAAAUAUGAAACUAAAACCACUUAGCUUAACUUAACAUAAAGACUGGAAACAGGGACGUAGAUAUCUCUCCGUCUGAAGGUUAAACAGUCUCGGUGUUGUGGUUUUUCCUGGUGUUAAUCUGACGGACUGUUUCAGGAAGUCACUGAGUCAAACCCUGUUCUCAGUUUUUGUGCUAAGCUAUGCUAACCGGCUGUACAAAGAUGAGCGUGGUGUCGAUCUCCUCGUCUAACUCUCUGCAAGAGAGCAAAAGUGUAUUUCCUAACAUGUUGAACCUUUUAAAAUAUGAUCAUUGUCACAGCAAAAAGAAUAAAAGAUUCUGUAAAGCAAAAGGUUUUAAACUGCAUUAGUGGUGCAAACUCUUUACUGAAACCCAGAACAUUGGGUCUUAUCGGGAUCAGUUUAUGCACCUGAAGGCAUCUGAAUGUUUACUUUUAUGAUCCUGAAUACAAGCAGUAAAAAUCUUAAAAUCUAAAUAUCUAAUAAUAAAUCUAAUACAAUAAUAUUUAUAUGAUAUUUACUCCAAUCUGCUCUUUCAUUGAAGCUGAUUUUGUAUAUUUUUGUCACUGAUCUCCUGCUGUGUGUUAGCUCUCAGCCCAAAGCUCAAAGACGUAAAUCUUUAAAAACAGCUCACAGUUCUAUUGUUUCAUUUAACAUUUAAUAAUAAUACAUUCCUAAAACAGCUGGUCACUGUAGUUUUCAACAAACAUCAGUCAAACAGGAGGAAAUAGUGCAUUUGUUGGGCUCUAUUUUCUCUCGCGGAUUAACACACAUUUGGUGUUUUGUGAAUAUUUACAGAAGCAGGACUGUGUGUGUGUGUGUGUGUGUGUGUGUGUGUGUGAGUGAGACUGACUCUAAUUAAUCUACAGUGUGUGUUCAUGGUAAUGGAGGAACGUGUCACCCAGUGCAACAGCGUGGCUCACUGAUGUAGUUUAUUUGGACAAUAAUGGAGCACAGAGGAAGAAGAUAUACACAAAUAACAGCUCAAUAGAUCAAUUUAUUGAUGGUUUUGGUCUUUUUUUUAAAUCGAUAUAAGUAAAACAUAGAAUAUGGUCACACUUGUUUUGCGUCAUUAACAUCUGGAUGACGGGACACACGACCCUCCCACUGACCUUCCUGUGCUCAAACUAUAUUUUUGUCCCUCGGCUGGUCAGUUUAUCCUGAGCCGUCGCCAUGGAAACACAUCCCUCCACUCUGCCGUAUCACCCAUCACUCUCUGUCUCUCUCUCUCUGUCUCUCUUUUUGUCUGUCUGUCUGCCUGUCUUUCUCCUCUUUCUCUCAGGAUGGCAUCGCUGAAUAAAAAGCCAAAGGUUUUCUGCCUGAUUCGAUGCAGAUAUAUUGUGAUACUUUAACGGGUUCGACUGGGACUUUACCGACAGUUAGAAGGACUAUUUAAUGUGUCUGAAAUGAGCUGUUUUAUCUCUCUCUCUGUGUGUGUGUGUGUGUGUGUGUGUGUGUGUGUUUUCAGAAGCCGGUAUCUCUGGCAAUGCCUUUAUUGUGUGUUUGAUAUGGAUUGUAUUUUUGUUUAAUAAAGUUCAAAUAAAAGAUAGUUUUCAAGCA